AUGUAGAUUUUCAAAAUGGCUCAACGUCUCACCUAUAGACGCCGCUGUUCUUACAACACUCGCUCUAACCGUGUUAGAGCUGUUAAGACUCCUGGUGGAAAGCUUGUAUUCCAAUAUCAAAAGAAGCCUGUUAAGGCUCCUCGUUGUGGUGAUUGUGGUGAAACUCUCGCUGGUAUCAAAGCUCUCCGUCCUCGUGAAUUCGCUACCGUCUCCAAGACUCAAAAGCAUGUUAGCCGUGCCUAUGGUGGUUCUCGCUGUGGUCAAUGUGUUAGAAAUCGUAUUGUCCGUGCUUUCUUGAUUGAAGAACAAAAGAUUGUCAAGAGAGUCCUUAAAGCUCAAAAAUAAAUUUAACAGCCUUAUUUUUUGAUCCUUUUUCUUUUUUAGUAAUUCAUUGAUUAACAAUGCAGUUGAAUCAAAAAGAAUAAAAAAAAAGAAAUAUGCAGCUUUUUUUUUUCUCUUUA